GCUGGCAGGCAGUGCCGCGCGGGCGGCAGGGUCGGGCAGGGGCCGAGCGGAGGUCCGGAGCAGCCUGCGCGGCCGGCGCCCGCCCCCAGGGGGCAGAGUUCCCGGGCUCUUGCCUGAGCCGCUACCUGGGGCUCAGGCCCCAUCACGUCCCGCAGCGGUCCGCACCUUCCCUUUCUCCGUCCUCCCCGCGGGCCGGGGCACAGCUGAGCUCCGGAUUGCCCCGCCCUCGGCCGCUGCCUGCUGACCGGAGCCGAGGCGCGGCGGGACACCCGCGGUGGGAGGCGAAGUGGGGAGGUGAAGGCGGUCCGCGCGCGAGGGCGGGAGGAGGCUGGGGGAUUCGGGGGACGCGGCAGCCCCGCCCCCGCCCCCUCCUCUCCUCCGCUCCUAGCCUGAGAAGCUGGCGGGCAUGGACCAGACCCCGCGGCGCUGGCACCAUGACGCUCGCCCGCUUCGCGCUGGCCCUGGUGUUCGGGGCGCUCCCUGAAGUGGUCGGCUUUGAGUCUGUCCUCAAUGAUUCCCUCCACCACCGCCCCCGCCAUUCGCCCCCUCCGGGUCCGCUGUACCCUCAUAACCUUCCCACGGAGCAGCGGCCCCGGAGGACGCGCCCGCCGCCGCCUCUCCCGCGCUUCCGGCGCCCCCCGCGGGCGCUCCCUGCCCUGCGCCCGCACGCCCUCCAGGCGGGGCACACUCCCGGGCCGCACCCCCGGGGCUGCCCCGCCGGCGAGCCGUGGGUCAGCGUGACGGACUUCGGCGCCCCGUGUCUGCGGUGGGCGGAGGUGCCACCCUCCUUGGAGCGGUCGUCCCCGGCUGGCUGGGCUCAGCUGCGAGGGCAGCGCCACAACUUUUGUCGAAGCCCCGACGGCGCGGGUAGACCCUGGUGCUUCUACGGAGACGCCCGCGGCAAGGUGGACUGGGGCUACUGCGACUGCAGACACGGAUCAGUACGACUUCGUGGCAGCAAAAAUGAGUUUGAAGGCACAGUGGAAGUAUAUGCAAAUGGAGUUUGGGGCACUGUCUGUAGCAGCCACUGGGAUGAUUCUGAUGCAUCAGUCAUUUGUCACCAGCUGCAGCUGGGAGGAAAAGGAAUAGCAAAACAAACGCCGUUUUCUGCACUGGGCCUUAUUCCCGUUUACUGGAGCAAUGUCCGUUGCCGAGGAGAUGAAGAAAAUAUACUGCUUUGUGAAAAAGACAUCUGGCAGGGUGGGGUGUGUCCUCAGAAGAUGGCAGCUGCUGUCAUGUGUAGCUUUUCCCAUGGCCCAGCAUUCCCCAUCAUUCGCCUUGUUGGGGGCAGCAGUGUGCAUGAAGGCCGGGUGGAGCUCUACCAUGCUGGCCAGUGGGGAACCGUCUGUGAUGACCAAUGGGAUGAUGCCGAUGCGGAAGUGAUCUGCAGGCAGCUGGGCCUCAGUGGCAUUGCCAAAGCAUGGCAUCAAGCAUAUUUUGGGGAAGGAUCUGGCCCAGUUAUGUUGGAUGAAGUACGCUGUACUGGGAAUGAGCUUUCAAUUGAGCAAUGUCUGAAGAGUUCCUGGGGAGAGCAUAACUGUGGCCAUAAAGAAGAUGCUGGAGUGUCCUGUACCCCUCUAACAGGGAGAAGAAGGAAAUGGACAAGGCCAGAAAUGCUGAGUCAUCAGAAACCAUUUGAUGGGGUCAUCAGACUUGCAGGUGGGAAAGGCAGCCAUGAGGGUCGAUUGGAGGUGUAUUACAGCGGCCAGUGGGGGACUGUCUGUGAUGAUGGCUGGACUGAGCUGAAUACAUAUGUGGUUUGUCGACAGUUGGGAUUUAAAUAUGGUAAACAAGCGUCUGCCAACCAUUUUGAAGAAAGCGCAGGGCCCAUAUGGUUGGAUGAUGUCAGCUGCUCAGGAAAGGAAACCAGAUUUCUUCAGUGUUCCAGGCGACAGUGGGGAAGGCAUGACUGCAGCCACCGGGAAGAUGUUGGCAUUGCUUGCUACCCUGGCAGCGAGGGACACAGGCUUUCUCUGGGUUUUCCUGUCAGACUGAUGGAUGGAGAAAAUAAGAAAGAAGGACGAGUAGAGGUUUUUAUCAAUGGCCAGUGGGGAACAAUCUGUGAUGAUGGAUGGACUGAUAAGGAUGCAGCUGUGAUCUGUCGUCAGCUUGGUUAUAAGGGUCCUGCCAGAGCAAGAACCAUGGCUUAUUUUGGAGAAGGAAAAGGACCCAUCCAUGUGGAUAAUGUGAAGUGCACAGGAAAUGAGAGGUCCUUGGCUGACUGUAUCAAGCAAGACAUUGGAAGACACAACUGCCGCCACAGUGAAGAUGCAGGAGUUAUUUGUGAUUAUUUUGGCAAGAAGGCCUCAGGUAACAGUAAUAAAGAGUCCCUCUCAUCUGUUUGUGGCUUGAGAUUACUGCACCGUCGGCAGAAGCGGAUCAUUGGGGGGAAAAAUUCUUUAAGGGGUGGUUGGCCUUGGCAGGUUUCCCUCCGGCUGAAGUCAUCCCAUAGAGAUGGCAGGCUCCUCUGCGGGGCUACGCUCCUGAGUAGCUGCUGGGUUCUUACAGCAGCGCACUGUUUCAAGAGGUAUGGCAACAGCACUAGGAACUAUGCUGUUCGGGUUGGGGAUUAUCAUACUCUGGUACCAGAGGAGUUUGAGGAAGAAAUUGGAGUUCAAGAGAUUGUGACUCAUCGGGAAUAUCGACCUGACAGCAGUGAUUAUGACAUAGCCCUGGUUAGAUUACAAGGACCUGAAGAGCAAUGUGCCAGAUUCAACAGCCACGUUUUACCAGCCUGUUUACCACUCUGGAGAGAGAGGCCACAGAAAACAGCAUCCAAUUGUUACAUAACAGGAUGGGGAGACACAGGACAAGCCUAUUCAAGGACACUACAACAAGCAGCCAUACACUUACUUCCUAAGAGAUUUUGUGAAGAACGUUAUAAGGGUCGGUUUACAGGGAGAAUGCUCUGUGCUGGAAACCUCCAUCAACACAAACACGUGGACAGCUGCCAGGGAGACAGCGGAGGACCACUCAUGUGUGAACGGCCUGGAGAGAGCUGGGUGGUGUAUGGAGUGACCUCCUGGGGGUAUGGCUGUGGAGUCAAGGAUUCUCCUGGUGUUUAUACCAAAGUCUCAGCCUUUGUACCUUGGAUAAAAAGUGUCACCAAACUGUAAUUCAUGGAAACCUCAAAGCAGCAUUUAAACAGAUGGAAAACUUUGAACCCCUGCUAUUAGCACUCAGCAGAGAUGACAACAAAUGGGGACUGAAAUCCGUGUUUUUGCUUUGUUUUGUGCUUAAAAAACAGUGUACCCCUUGCUGCUUGUGAGAAUUUGUAUUGUGAAUAUUUUCAGAGACCUCAUUGUAGUGGAAUAGUGAUAACCCUUAAAUGAGCAUUGUUGUCUACCCAAAUUUCACUGGAGUGACUUAUUCUAAGUCUCAUCUAUCCGUGCCUGUUUUCUCAAAAUCAUUCUGUGCUGAUUUCCCAAAAGUUCGUUUUUACAUUUUGAGAAUCCCUUAUAGUUGAAUCAGUGGUGUCUGAAUUCAUGUUAUCUACAUUUGACAUAAACACCCUUUACUACAAUCAGAAGAGUGCAGUAUUUAUGCUUUGAUCUUUUCAAAAGACUUGAGAAGAAAUCUUCAUUUUCUCUAUAGCCUUUGUUAAGUGAGGAAAUCAAUGGUUAAGGAAUUCCAUUAUAAACUUUCAGGCCUGAAUAGGAUUACUAAGCCUCAAGGACAUUUGCCUGUCACAACACUCUCUGUGAGAGUGAUCUGAUAUUUGGAAACAAGUAUCCUUGUUAAGUACCCAGUGCUGCAGAAACCAUAAAAUAUUUUCUGCCUAUAGUAGAUAAACUACUAGCAAAAUUUGAAAGGAUUUCUGGUUAAUAAAAUGCCAGUUGGACAUACAACCUAGUUUAUUCAACACAUUAACAUAUCUAGUAUAUUCAUUUUUAUCAAGCACUUCAGAUUUAACUCAGAAUAAAAUGUUAACUUGUCCUUGGCAUCAUAGGCUAUGUUCCCCGACCAUGAUCUAACAGUGCCACCUACUGACACUUUCUUGUAACUGACUUGUACCUGCAGGUUUUCUCCAAGACCAACCUGACACAAUCCAAUCUUAAAAUACACUAGUCAAAAUGCUUUCCCGGCCUAUACAUUGGAAAAGCUGUAGCAGCUUUCAGUUGUUUUAAUGCAUAAGCAGUUAUAUGCCAGGCACUACAUUAAAUGGCCAUGCACAUCACUUGCAAUCAUGUGCAAUCACUAUGCACAUCAUUUGCAAAUGACACAAAUGACAAUUUGCAAAAGGCCAGUAGGAUCUUAUAGCAGCAGCCCUAGUUUUCAAAUAGGGAAAACAGACUUACCUCAAAGCAAGACCAGUUGGUAAAACACUGAUUCGUAACUCCAGGAGUCCCAAUGCUGGAUUUUCCCCCCAUAAUUCUCCCAAGAAUUGUUUCCCUAUGGCUAUUUCUCUAAGGGUUAAGGCAUAACUGCUUAACCCUAGAGAAUUAAACUAUGCACUUUUAUGGGACAUUCUCGGCAGUAAUGCUCAUAUUUAAAAGGCACAUUCAAGAUACUUCAAUGUCAUGGAUACUUCCCCAGGUCCCCAGUAUAAAUAUAGAGGUUAGCAUGAACUUUCAGAUGGUUUUAAGUAAUCCUCCUGAAUGUCAGUCACGAAAGGACUUUGUCCUUCUACAUCAAAUUACGUCCUUUUCACAAAUCUCCAUUUCUGUAAAAGUGGUGCAAACCAAAAGGUGCUUUAUAGUUUUACUACUUUGCAGAUUUGCAAUGCUGCAUAUAAUGCAGAAGAGCUUUAAAAACUUUUGUAAAAACUUAAGGAUUUUGAUAAACUUUUAAAGCAGCAUUUACAUGUAAAUAGAGCUACCCAUGGCACACUUGCACAAGGGCUUGGGAAAAACGUGCAAUAUAGGUGAGAAAUAAGUCUAUUGAAAUUUUCCCACAGGCUGCCCUUGUAAUUAAACUACAGGUGCUGGUGCAAGCAACAUCUAUGUUUCAAGUCAAUCAGGGACUAAACCUAAAAGGCAGUAAACAGCCUGCAGUUUACUCAACCCUGAAGAAUACAUGGUUCAUAUAGCAUGCUUUUAUUUAACCAAUUGUCUUAAGUGUGACUUUUGAAAGAUACUAGUGUUCUGUGCAUCGUUGCGUAAAUAAAGUACGUAAUUUUUCACCUUGUA